AUGGUCUCUUUACUAAAAUUAAUUUUUUUUACAUUUUUUUGUGCAUUCGUUGCUAAUACGGCAGCAUCCAGGGUUAUUGAAUUAAGCGAUAGAUUCCUAGAUAUUUAUAAGGAUGGACAUUGGAUGGUGAUGAUGUAUGCGCCUUGGUGUGCUCAUUGCAAAAGACUGGAUCCUGUUUGGGCACAUGUGGCUCAACAUCUUUAUGCAACUUCCAUAAAAGUCGGCAGAGUUGAUUGUACAAGAUUUACAAAUGUGGCUCAAAAUUUCAAAAUACGUGGAUUUCCUACUAUUUUAUUUUUGAAAGGUGAUCAAUAUUUUACCUAUAAUGGCGAUAGGACAAAAGAAGAAAUAGUUAAAUUUGCAUUGAGAUUAAGUGGCCCACCCGUUCAAGAAAUAACAAAACGACAAACUCACAAUGAAAGUGAAAUAGAAGCAUUAAAUGAAACGUUAUAUACUUGGGUAAAUGCUGAGCGUUUUCCAACAUUCCCAAAAGUAACACGGGGUAAUCUUCAUCAGUUGUUUAAGACUAAUAAAAAUCUCGUACUAGCGGUAGUGGAAGAAAAUGCUGUUGAAGAUGUUUCACCCGAUAUGUUGGAGUUUAGAGAUAUGGUGGAAUCAGUAAUUAAGAAAAAACGUGAAAAAUAUCACGAUCACUUCCAAUUCGGCUGGGUAGCAAACAGCGAAUUGAUCAACAGUAUUGCUAUGACAGAAAUGCCUCUACCCAGUUUAAUAGUAAUUAAUACAAAAACGAAUCAUCAUCACAUACCUGACGAUGAACCAGGAGAAUUAACAGCUCAAGCUAUUGAGAUGUUUUUGGAACACAUACGCAAUGAUAGUGCACCACGAUACGGAGGAAAUAAUAUAAUAGUGCAAAUAUAUCGAUCUUGGUAUGAAACAAAGUCAACAUUGAUGUCAAUGUGGAAAGGCAAUCCUAUAUUGACGAUGGUAGUGUUCGGACUUCCAGCAUUAUUUUUCUCGUUAAUUUUGUAUGGAAUUUGUUGUCCAGAUAUUUUAGAUGCUGGAGAAGAAGAAGAAGAUGAAGAAGAUGAAGCAGAAAAAAGCCAUAUGAAGAAAGAUUAA